AUGGCUGCUUCUGGCCAGCUCCCGGUGACCCAGGACCUGUCCUCGUUACGUGCCAAGUUGCAGAAGCUGCUGCGGUUCCUGAGGGAAGCCCUGCCCAUUUCUAAUGCACAUACGGUGGACUUCUACACGGAGUCUGUGUGGCAGAAACUGGUUGACUUGCCCCCAGAGACGGUGCUGUCGGCGCUCAGGACGUCCGCGGCGGCGUCAGAGGCGUGCCCCCUAGAGGAAGCCGGGAGAAUGUCAGAUGUUACUGAUUUUCCAAAAAUAUUUUGUGAAACUUCCCAGAAGCUGGUGAAUGUGGAAGCGUUUGCUCUGGCUGCAAAGCAUUAUUCUGUACAAAACUUGGGAAUAUGUACUCCUUUUGAUCAACUGCUUGUGGCCCUUCAUGGAAAUCAAAAACAGAGAACUGAUGAAAAUGUGAAACUUGAUGAGUUUAUGAAUUUGAAAAAAUCUCACGAAGUUCAGGCAAUGUCAGAACUCAUCAGCAGUAUUGCUGAAUACUGUGGAAUAAAGCAGAUAAUUGACCUGGGUUCUGGAAAAGGCUACCUAAGCUCCUUUUUAUCCUUAAAGUACGGCUUAAAAGUUUAUGGAAUUGAUUCCUCAAAUACCCGUGGAGCCGAGGAGAGAAACAGGAAACUGAAGAAACAUUGGAAAGUCUACCGUAGGCGGUCAAAACCAGACGUCAGUGGACUGGCAUUACAAACAGCAAAAGAAAAGAAAGUGCAAGAUGAAGCUAAAUGUAAAGCAGACACCGAGGGCGUAGGUACCAACAGUACUGCAGGUCAAGGGAAGCCAUCAACCUCAGACUUUUUAUCGGAGUUUUCAGGUUCUGUGAUUUCUGACAUCAGAAGACAAAUGGAAAACUUAAAGGUUUAUUCACACCAAGAGGAAAAUUUGUGUUUUGAAAAUGCCUUUUCUCUUAGAGACCUUUUGCCUGUUAAUGCCAUAGACCCUACUUCCUCAUCCCAAAUACCUAAGAGAAAAAUGUCUGAAGCAAGUAAAGAGAGAAGAAAAAUUACUUCAAAGUCAAAUGAAUCAAAUAUAUAUUUACCUUUAACAUCUAUUAUCACUGCUGAUUCGGAACUACAUGAUAUUAUUAAAGAUCUGGAGGAUUGUUUGAUGGUAGGUCUACAUACUUGUGGUGACCUUGCUCCAAAUACUCUGCGAAUAUUCACUUCCAAGUCUGAAGUCAAAGGAGUUUGCAGUGUGGGUUGCUGCUAUCACCUCUUAUCUGAAGAGUUUGAAAACCCACAUAAAGAAUAUACCCAAGAAAGGUGGGGAUUUCCAAUGUGCCACUAUUUGAAGGAAGAGAGAUGGUGCUGUGGCCGUAAUGCCAGAAUGUCAGCCUGUUUGGCUCUGGAGCGGGUUGCAGUUGGCCAAGGGCUGCCUACUGAGUCCCUCUUCUAUCGUGCCAUACUUCAGGAUAUUAUUAAAGAGUGUUAUGGCAUCACCAAAUGUGACCGGCAUGUUGGUAAAAUUUAUUCCAAAUCCUCUUCCUUUCCGGAUUAUGUUAGAAAGUCUCUAAAGAAGCUUGGGUUAGAUGAGUCCAAGCUGCCAGAAAAAAUUAUAAUGGACUACUACGAGAAGUAUAAACCUAGAAUGAAUGAAUUGGAGGCUUUUAAUAUGUUGAAAGUUGUUCUAGCUCCUUGCAUAGAGACCUUGAUUCUUCUGGAUCGACUUUGCUACCUGAAAGAGCAGGAUGAUAUCGUGUGGUCUGCACUUGUGAGGUUGUUUGAUCCUGUGAAAUCUCCCAGAUGUUAUGCCAUUAUUGCCCUGAAGAAGCAGCAAUGAUUUCAAUUGAAGCAAGGUGUCCUCCUGUGUCAGUUACUGCCGGCUCACAUUCUGCCCACACUUCCACCACCACCCCAGCGAGGGGGCAGAACACCGUCUAGGUCAUGGCCACGUGGUCGUGAGAGCAGGUGAGCAGUGUUGCCAGGCCUCCUUCCUUAUCUGCCCUCAGUUCCGGGCCGAACCGACUCAAAGGCAAGAACCACAAGAAAACCAUCGACUGUCAGAUUCUGACUUAGAGCGUUGUCCAGUCUCACAUGUUUAAUAAAGGCUUUGAACUUUAAUUAUCAAUAUAUAAUAUGUAUACAUCAUAAUUAUGUAUGGUAUAAGAUGAAAUAGCCCAAAGCUGGCAAUACUGCAAUAUUCUAAACUGAACCAUUAAAGAUACUCUGAAUGGACCUCACAGGCUGGAGGACAGCAUAAGCAGUAGGUUUAUGAAUGGGAAUACAGAGGGCAGAGCUAAACCAUUUCUGUGCCAAGGACCCCUUGGGCCCCUUCUCAAGCAAUUUUUACAAAUAUAUAGUGAAAUACAAUGCUUUGGCCAUUUGGUGCAAAGAACCAACUCACUGGAAAAGACCCUGAUGCUGGGAAAGCUUGAAGGCAGAAGGAGAAGGGGACAUCAGAGGAUGGACUAGUUAAAUAGCAUCACCAACUCAAUGGACAUGAAUCUGAGAAAACUCAGAUAGUGGAGGACAGAGGAGCCUGGCAUGCUGCAGUUCCUGGGGUUGCAAAGACUUGGACACGACUUAGCAACUGAACAGCAGAAUACAUAAUGUGACAAGGGAAACUAAUCAUAUUGAGAUAGUUAACAACAAAGUUUUUUAAAUUUUUUAAAAUUCAGUAAUAUGUGUGCUUUUUUUUUUUUACUCAUUAAAUAAUAUUAAGUAGCAGUUCUAAAAGCCACUGUGAUUUUGAAGUAACAGCCAGUGUAAGAAAUACCUGGAGACAUCAGCCACAACUGCAGUAGGACAUGAAAAUAUCUGCACCUUCUCUUGGCAGUAGUUUCAUGUACUGCCAGUCCUGCUGAAGUUUGUUGUCCACAUUUAUAAUUGAAGGAGACACUGAACUUCAGUCAGAGGUUAGUGAAAAUAAAGAAGUAAGUUGUGUUCAGGAUCCAAGAUUACGGAUGACCUAAAUUCUAUCUGUGGAUCCCCUACAUUGGGUAACCCUUCAAUCUGUGGAAAACAGGAAAACAGACUACCUAAAAUAAUGAUUAUGAAUAGCAAUUCUUCCAUAUUUGGAGGAAUGAUAUCUUCCCAAAUCAGCACAAACUUCUGCCUACACUGCGUGAUAAACAAUGAUUUCAGGAGUACGUAGGUUUUUGAAGGAUAUAACUGUUCCUUUAUUUAUUUAAAAUGUUAAAUUUUACAAGGCUUACUAUAAAAUUAUAGUAAUCAAGAAUGUGAUAUUUGUGUAAAAGCAGUUAUAUAGGUGAAUGGAACCAACUGAUGAAUUCAGAAAUAGAUCUACACAUAUAUAGUCAGUUGGAUUUCUGAUAAAGGUGUCAAAGCUUUUCAAGGGAUUUUUAAAAAAUACUCUUUUCAACAAGAAGUGCUAACCAACAAUUAGGUAUCAAAAUGAGAAAAGAAAAUCUCAACCCUUACAACAUAUCACAUACAAAACUUUAUUUGAAAUGAAUUUUAGAGCUAAAUGUACUAGGAAACUGGAAGCCUUCUAGGAUAAAAUGUGGGAGGAAAUACUUGUUACCUUUGGUUAAGGAAAGGUUUCUUAGAAAAACAAAAACCGUUAAGCCAUAGUGAAAAAUUUGACAAUUGGUCUUCAUAAAAUUUAAAAUGACUGCUCUUCAGAAGAAAAUGAAAAGCAGGACCCAGAUUGGUAAGAAAUAUUUGCAAAGCACAUUUCUAAUGAAGAGUUUGUAGACAGAUUACAUAAAUAGUGAAAUAAAAACUCAGCAAAAAAGAGAGGCAAAAGAUUUGCACCAUAUUUCACCAGAAAAUACAUACAAGCAGCAAUGAACACAUGUAAAACUAUUCAAUAUCACUAAUCAUCAGGAAAAGAUGAACUAAAGGAGAUAACCACUACAUGCCCAUUCAAAUGGCUAAAAUUAAAUGGAUUAAUACUACUCACUUGGAGACAACCAACAGAGCUCUAAAGAUUCCUGGUGGAAAUGCAAAUGACACGAUUAUUUUGAAGAACAGUUGGCAGAUUUUUAUAAAAUGGAACAUACUUACCAUACUUAGCAACAAUUCCAAAGAUGUGUACCUAAGAGAAAUGAAAACAGAGGUGCAUACAGCAAAUGUUAAUUGUAGCCUUAUUCCUAGUAGCCAAAAGCCCAUCAGCAGCAGAAUGGAUAAAAAUAUUGUGGUGUUACAAUAUACAAUAGAAUGCUUCUCAGCAACAGCUAGCAAUGAACUACUGAUACCAGCAACAAUAUAUGUGAAUUUCAAAAGCACUGCUGUAAGUGGACAAGCAAAAUAGGCUGGACACUUGCAGUACUCCUGUAUCUGUGACAUUAACUCAACAUUCUAGAAAAGGCAAAGCUGUGGAAACGAAACAGAUUGGAUUGGUUGCCAUUGGGCUGUGGGUGAUGGGAGGAAUUGCCUACAGGGUCAUAAGGGAACUUCCUAGGGUGAUGCAAAUGUUCCAUAUGUUAGGUUGGGUGUGAACACACAAUUGCAUGUGUGUCCGAUUUUAAAACUGCCCUUUAAAAAGGCAAAUGUUAUUGUAUAUAUGAUAUGUAUCUCAAAGCCUGACUUACAAAAAUUUUUAAGUUUUAUCAAAGAGAACUUGUAAAUAUUUUGUUACCAGAGCUAAACUGUCAUGUUAGAGAAUUCAAAAUCAGGAUUUUCCACCCAAAAUGAAAAUAGGCAUUUGUCUGUACUCUAAAUACAGAGAAGAACAGAUGUAUUGGCUCAGUAUCUUAUUGGGUUUGUAUGCUAUUUGGAAAUUGGAUUGUUUUGACAGAUUACUUGCUAGCCAGGAAAAGCAUUAAGGGAUUAUUUGUCCACUGUGUUUUCAGAUUUUUUCCCUAAUGAUAAAAUCAUUUGAAAUACAAGAGGGCAGCCAAAGUAAUUUUACUCAGGGAGAUAUUAUUUCAUACAUAGACACGUCAGAAACAGCAUAAGCAAGAAAAGAAGAUUACUCCAAUUUUUAACAUGUUUAGCUUAUUUCAACAGCAACAAACAAUUUCAAUCCUAAGUAGCACAUAAUUCAGAUUUCCUUUUAAGAGUUUCUCAACUUAAAGACUUGAAAUCAUUGGUUAAUGUGGGCGUUGUAGACUUCACAUUGCAGUUUGAAUCUUUACUUCUCGAUGCUGCUUUAAUGCUGACUAUGUGAGGAUGCCAUCUGACUAUGUCAUUGUUUUCACUUGUGUAAUGUCUUUCCACGGUGCUGUAGAAUGGUUUGCUUUAAUAGAAUUCAAUGUAUUUCAAGAAUGUCUUUGCAAAUAAAGCAAAGAAAAGCUUUAAAAUCUUCAUAAAAGCAAUAUUCUUCAUUUAUUUGUUAAUAGAACAUUAAUGUUACCUACCUUAUCUAAAAGAGUUUUUUUUUUUUUUUCCCCCAGUCCACAGUUUGUAGAAUGAAAGAACCACCACUUAUUUUAAAUGAGUUUCUGUGCAACUAUCAAAUGAAUUAAUGUUUACCUUUGUGCUUUUGUAUUGUCAUAACAUUGGUUGUUUUAAUGAACUGGUGGUAGAUAAUUUAGUUUAUUUUUACUUUUUUUUUUUUUUGCCAGAAAGCCCAACCAAACUGCUAAAUCAGUGCAUAUUUUUAUGUUUUUCCAUGGAUAUACUUGAUCUUCAAGUAAUUAUUUGCUGAUUUGCUGUAUUUACAUGAAGUUUAUUCUUUUCUAUCUCUAGGUCUGCUGCCAUCUAACACACUAGCUGCUGGCUAUGUGGGAGUAUUUAAAUUAGUUAAAAUGAAAUUAAAAAAUUCAGUUCCUCACUCAUACCAGACAGAUUUCAAGUGCUCAGCGGCCAUCUGUGGUCUGUGGCUACCCUCUAAGACACAGAACUUUCCCGUCAUCACAUGACUUCUAUGGAGCAGUGCGGAUCUAGAUCAGCGUCAGAAAACUGUCUUUUUGUAGUAAAUCCUGUAGCGUUUAUGGCCAACAGGUAAAAUUGAGGUUACUACAUAGGCACUACUUAGGCAUUUGAAAAGUACGUCUAUUUAAAAAUGGAAAAGACAUUCCUGCAGGCAGUGAGGAGCAGGCAGCAGACUGGAGCUGAGCCAUAGUUUGCCCACUGCUGGUGCCAGUCAUUCAAUCCUUUAUUCAGUAAGAGCGUCUUUUUUGAACAGAUCUAUGUUUUAAGCACUGGACUAAGUAUUAAGUAUAGCAUAGUGAACAAGAAACAUAGUCUCAGCUCUCAUGUAGCCCAGAACUUAACAAGAAAGGCACCCUAACAAAAAUUGCACAAUUUAUUCUUUUAACAACUGAAAUGAAGCUAAACAAAUACCAGGGGAUCCUAAACUGGAUAAAACAUUGAGUUGAUUCUAAAAAUUAUCUGUAACUAAUAUUUUUUUUAGAUACAGAAACUAUUUAGGCUUUCCAGCUGACCCAUUUGAAAAAGGCAUUGUAAAAAUUAAUAAAUCGACAUAAUAUUUCUAAAUAAUCUGAUGUUCAAAUAUAUUCUUACAUACCAUCUGUUUUAUGUAUGUGGAAUUGUACACCCAAUGACAGAAUUAUAUCUGUAUAAAUAUAAUUACAUUUGUUAUAAAUGUAACAUUUAUUGAUGUUUGGUCUUUUGUCUUCCUUGUGUAGCAUCUUUUAUAAGAAUUAAAGUGUAUAAAUUAAAUGUUUCCUUGUAACCCAGAAAAACUUGCCACAGAUAAACUCCUAAAAUGGCCCACGUUUUCUAUUAAUUCUUUUUAUCAAAAUUCAAAUUGAGGCCAUUAUUAAAUGAAAUAAUGUGAUGCAAAUAAACCUAGGAUACUUUGACAGGUAUCUGUUUUAGAACAUAUGUCUUCUUUUCAUUUAUGAGAGCUCAGUAUACAUAAUCCGCACAACAACAAAAAAACAUAUAUAUACUAUAUUGUCUUCCUAUGUAUUGGCAGUGUCUCUCAAGAUUAUAUUUGAUUUUCUGAGCCCCUUAUUGCACUUUGCAGUUCUUUUAAAUGUAGGCUUUUUUAUGGUGGUGUCAAGAACUUGC